CUCCUAUAAAAACUCAGCACUACAAGGAACCGCACGCAUUACACUCGGAAGCAGAACACAGAUUCGACUGAAGGAGAGCUGAAUAACAGAGGGGAGACCUGAAGGAGCACAUGGAAAUGGCUACUCGCGUGAAUUUAACGGCAUGGUUGAUUAUGAUGAUUGUGGCCGGCUUCAUAAAGGUCCACAGGGCGGCGGCGACGUACACGGUCGGAGAUGAAUUGGGGUGGACUGUCCCCUCCAACAUAUCCUAUUACCAGUCUUGGGCUGCCUCCAAGACUUUCAUGGUCGGCGACAAGCUAUCUUUCAAUUGGACCGGGACGCAUAAUGUGGCCGAAGUAUCAAAGGCCGAGUACGACAAUUGCACCCAGGUCGUACCUUUUCUGGGCAGUCCGGGGGACAUCAAGCUCUUGGAGGGCGGGUCUUACCAUUACAUCUGCACCGUCGAUUCACAUUGCAAGCUUGGCCAGAAGCUGUCCAUCACCGUCGGAUCGGCCGCAGCCGCUCCGGCCUCACCAAGCAAUUCCGCUCCGUCGAUGCCUCUCGACUCCAGUGUCUUGGUCUCAGCAUAUAUCACCAUCGUUUACUGUGUCAUUAUACUUGCCAGUGAAUUGAAUGUCGUACGUUAUAUUGGAUAAACGUGUUGGUGUCGCCUCUAUAAUGUAAGGAAAAUAAGGUCAAUUGUAUCUUUCUUGGCCUAUAAGAAAAGAGAGUUAAUUCAUGUGAGUUAGAUU